UUGGCUGUUUGUUACCCAGGCAACAAUGGGAAAACAAUUCAAUUGAUUUUGCCAUACGACUAUCAACUUAUUUGAGCAGCAUGGACGACUUGAAGAUAACGCAGGAGGAGCUGCUACGGUUGCGGGAGAGCUGUCUACAAGGCAUCCGGGAGAGUGAGCUCUACCAGCUGCGGAACGAUGCCAAGCUUCGGGCUGUCUACAGCACCCAGAGCUACGAAGAGUUCAAGGACAUUGUAGACGCAGCUCAUUUGCGUCCCGUCACCAAGGCGGACAAGGACAAUGCCCACACGAAGAGUCGCCUCUGGAACUCUGCCACACGUGAAUGAAACCUAUCGCCCCCAAUAAAUACAUUGGCACAGAGUAAUCUUCAGCAUAUUGUUUUAUUU